AUGAAGGAGGAUUAUCGGUCUUCAGCUGCCGAUGAUGAUCAGUACUACCCAGAAGAAGGCGAUGAUGAUUUUCAAGAUGGCGAGAGGGAAGGGAAGAAGAUGGAUUUCACUAAACUGGAACUCAAACCCGAUCAUGCCAAUCGCCCAUUGUGGGCUUGUGCUGAUGGAAGAAUUUUCCUUGAAACCUUCUCUCCGUUAUAUAAACAAGCCUAUGAUUUUCUCAUUGCCAUUGCUGAGCCUGUUUGCAGGCCGGAGUCGAUGCAUGAGUACAACUUGACGCCUCACUCGUUGUAUGCAGCUGUGUCAGUUGGUCUUGAGACAGAAACUAUAAUAGCUGUUUUGAACAAAUUGUCAAAAACCAAGCUUCCCAAGGAGAUGAUUGAUUUUGUUCAUGCUUCUACUGCUAAUUAUGGGAAAGUGAAGCUCGUACUUAAGAAGAAUCGGUAUUUUGUAGAAUCUCCAUUUCCAGAGGUGUUGAAAAGAUUGCUCAGCGAUGAAGCCAUUGCAAAAGCUAGAAUUUCGUCUGAGGGGAUGCAUGGAAGGGAUGGGUUUACUGUAAGCAAAUCCGUGAAUGAAAUCGAAGGUAGACAUGAUGAGUUGAUAAAUGAAGCAGAUUUGGCAGCUGCAGCUGAAGAAAAAGAAACUCACGCAUUUGAAAUAGACCCUGCUCAGGUUGAAAAUGUGAAGCAGCGGUGUCUGCCAAAUGCUUUGAAUUAUCCCAUGAUGGAGGAGUAUGACUUCAGGAAUGAUACAGUCAAUCCUGAUCUUGACAUGGAGUUGAAGCCUCAAGCGCAGCCACGGCCUUAUCAAGAGAAGAGUCUUAGUAAGAUGUUUGGAAAUG